ACAACACAUACGCUAGGUCCUGUUAUUUAUAUUCAAUAGAAACGUGCUUAUUCUUUCGUGAUUUGCCGAAGCCACAGCCUGACCUUUAUACUAACCAGGGCAAGGACUGCUUUCGCGACACAUGGUUGGCAACUUGUAGAUAUUAGUUAUAUCCAGCCGGAAUGGCGCUGGAUAACCGACACCGGUUCAUUGUUGGCAAGCUUGCGGAGGCGUUCGGGCUACCUGAAAAUGUAAUAGAGAAGACACUAACUCAAGACAAGCAAGCAGUCAACAGCUUUUUCACGCCGUCAGGGCCUUCCUCGCUUAUCUUCGUCUAUCAGGCUAAGGAAGAUAAGCUGAAGGAUGGUUCAAUUGGACCUGUGGACAACAAGCCCACGCUCCACAGGCUCGGGCAGCAUGAGCGCAUUCACAACAAAGGCGCAUAUUUCACACGACUUAACCCCAAGGGCGUCAGUGAAAAGACGCUGGAGGCAGACCUUGGCAGCGGCGAGCUCUCUGGCAGCGCGCUGGAGAACUUCAAAACUAUCGUGUCGGACCUCUACGUGCCGAUCAUGCAGGAGCAGCAGCAGUGGGGCAAGCUGCCGCAGGAGAACCUUUCAGACUUCCUGGCGUCCGUCCAGAAGUUUGGCAGCAUGCUAACCGAAGCAGUCAGCACAGUCACCGGCGGCGUCGAGCUGCGCAUGCCGGAUCCUAAAUAUGCUGAGCUGGAGCUGCGGCCGGCGGCGUUGGCCAACGCCGCCGGCGAUGAGGACACGCUGCAGGAGAUGGAGGAGUGCCUGACGGAGUGGUGCCGCGAGGCGGAAUUCCUGCUCAACCAGACCAAUAAGAUCAAGGACGGCGAGGAGCCGGGCCCGGACACGGAGCUGGAGUACUGGCGCACCCGCAUGUCUAACUUCAACUCCAUCACGGAGCACCUGAAGACCAAGGAGUGCAAGCUGGUGCUGGGCAUUUGCUCGCACGCCAAGACCAAGGCCUACCUUCGGUGGAAGGCGCUGGACAUUCAGAUCACGGAUGCCGCCAAUGAGGCCAAGGACAAUGUCAAGUACCUGGCCACGCUGGAGAAGUCGCUGGAGCCCAUGUACACGGGACGCGUGGCGGAGAUCACGGAGUCGCUGCCGGCGCUGAUGACCAACGUGCGCAUGAUGUACACCAUUGCGCGCUUCUACAGCACCGCCGAGCACAUGACCCGGCUGUUCACCAAAAUUACCAACCAGCUUGUACGGCGGUGCAAGGAGCAGAUCAUGGAGAACGGCAAGAUCUGGGACCAGGACAAGGUGGUGCUGAUUGGGAACAUGAAGGUUGCGGUGGACCUGGCCAAUGUGUACCGCCAGCAGUAUAAGCUGGCGAAGGAGACGUUGGCGGCGCAGCCCAAGUCGAAGCAGUUUGACUUUGAUGAGCAGGCUAUCUUCCUGAAGUUCGACCUGUUCUCCAAGCGCUUGUACAAGCUCAUCGACAUGUUCACCACCAUCCACCAGUUCUCCUCUCUGGAGCAGCACACGCACAUUGAGGGGCUGGACACCAUGCUCAAGUCGCUCAACAAUAUCAUUGACGACGUGAAGCGCAAGCCCUACGACCUGCUCGACUACUCCAAAAAUGCGUUUGACCGCGACUUCUUGGAGUUCAAUGUCAACAUCAACGACCUGGAGCUGCAGCUGCAGGGCUUUGUCAACGCGUCGUUUGAGAACAUCACCUCCACCGAGCACGCGCUGUGCCUGCUGGCUCAGUUCCAGGCCAUCAUGCAGCGCGAGACGCUGAAGCAGGACCUGGAGAAUAAGUACAUGGUCAUCUUCCAGAACUACGCUAAGGACCUGGACGCGGUACAGAAGCUCUAUGAGAAGAACAAGUACGAGCCGCCUGUGCCGCGCAAUGCGCCGCCUGUGGCGGGCAACAUCAUGUGGGCGCGGCAGCUGCUCCGGCGCAUUGAGGCGCCCAUGCAGCGCUUUGCGCAGAACAAGAACCUGCUUGCUGCCAAGGAGUCUAAGAAGAUCAUCAAGACCUACAACAAGGUCGCCAAGGCGCUCAUCGAGUUCGAGACGCUAUGGCACCAGGCCUGGAUUAAGUCCAUCGAGCAGUGCAAGGCGGGCCUGGCUGCGCCGCUGCUGGUGCAGCACCCUGACACCGGCAAGAUCCUGGUUAACUUUGAUAAGGAAAUCAUGCAGCUCGUGCGCGAGGCCAAGUACAUGCAGCGCUUCAACAUUGCGGUUCCGGAGAGCGCACAGAUGGUGCUGCUGCAGGAGGAGAAGUUCAAGUUCUACCACAACCAGCUCACGCACCUGGUGCGCGAGUACGAGCACAUCCUGUCACGUGUGGCCGCCACCAUCAAGCCGCUGCUGCGGCCGCACCUGGAUGACAUGGAGCGCAAGAUUGCGCCAGGAUUUGCAGUGCUCACCUGGACCAGCCUCAACAUCGACGGCUACCUGCACCGCUUCAAGCAGGGUCUGGCCCGGCUGGAGGAGCUGGUCCGCAAGGUGCUGGACCUGGUGGAGAACCGUGUGGAGUCCAACCUGCGCGCCAUCAGCGCCACCAUGCUGGUUGAGCUGCCCAGCGACCGCUCCUUUACCUAUGACGAGUUCGUCACCACGCAGCAGCGCUUCCAGAAGAAGCAGGCGGAGCAGCUGGGCAUUCGCAAUGAGGAGGUUCGCCGCGCCAUCGAGGACCUGUUGGCGCUGGUGCGGAACUACCCGCGUGAGAACGUGGACGAUGCGCUGGACGAGAAGGAGGUGACGCUGUUUGUGCGGCACUUCUCUAAGAACAUGUACAACGCCAUCAGCGCGUGCACGCUGCGCAGCCUGCAGGCCAUGAAGCGCCGCCUGGGCUCGCGAACAUCGACGGGGAUUUUCUUCAUGGAGCGGCCCUUCUUCGAUGUGGAUGUGGAGCUCAAGGUGCCCUGCGUCUGCAUGAACCCCAACCUGGAGGAGAUCCAGGCCGCCAUCAACCAGUGUGCUAAGAAGGUGUUGACCACCUCGAAGCAACUGCCGGCGUGGGGCAUGGACAACGUGUCCACCUACCACGAGCUCAUUGCGCAGGACAAGGAGGUGGUGAAGGCGGUGCUGCGCCUCACAGGCUCUGUUGAGGGCAUUAAGGCGCAGGUGACCGAGUACAUUCGCACUUUCGACCGGUACGAGUUCCUUUGGAAGGAGGACCUGCAGGCAGCGUACGACCAGUUCAUGCGCACCAACCCCACGCUGGAGGCGUUUGAGGCUGAGCUGAAGAAGUACAUGGCCAUUGAGACGGAGGUGGCCAACAUCCAUGGCGUCAACAACAUUGGCGCGCUGUCGCUGGAGACGAUGCCGCUGAAGAACAGCCUCAAGGCAGAGGCGGUGUCCUGGAAGACGCAGUUUGCGCAGAACCUGCAUAAGCAGUGCUCGGACGACCUGAAGGCCUUCGACAACUACAUCCGUGACACCAACUCCAAGUUCCACCGCAAGAUUGAGGAUCUGGAGGACGUGCGCAACGUUAUGGCCGUGCUGAAGGAGGUCCGCGAGAAGGAGUCCGAGAUUGACAACCUGAUCGGCCCCAUUGAGGAGAUGUACGGUCUGCUCAUGCGGUACGAGGUCCGCGUGCCCAAGGAGGAGACCACCAUGGUCAGCGACCUGCGCUACGGCUGGAAGAAGCUCAAGAAGGUCGCCACGGAGGUGUCGGAUAACCUGACGCGGCUGCAAGUGGGCUUCAAGCGGGAGCUGAUUAAGGAGGUUAAGACCUUUGUGGUGGAUGCUCAGAUGUUCCGCAAGGACUGGGAGGCGAAUGGACCCAUGGUUCCGGGUCUGGACCCAAUGGAGGCCGUGGACCGCCUGCGCAAGUUCCAGCAGAUGUUCGAGGUGCGCAAGCGCAAGUGGGAGAACUACAGCAGCGGCGAGGAGCUGUUUGGCUUGCCGGUGACCCAGUAUCCGGAGCUGGAGCAGACGGAGAAGGAGAUCCAGAUGCUGGACCGCCUCUACAGCCUGUACGUGACGGUCAUUACGACCAUCAAGGGCUAUGGUGACUACUUCUGGGUGGAUGUGGUGGAGAAGAUUGAUGAGAUGGGCGAGCAGGUGCUGCAGUACCAGAACCAGUCUAAGCGCCUGCCCAAGGCACUGCGCGACUGGCCUGCCUACAACGCCUGCCGCAAGACCAUUGACGACUUCCUGGAGAUGUUGCCGCUGUUCCAAGCGCUGACCCACAAGUCCAUGCGCGAGCGACACUGGAAGGAUGUGAUGCAUAUCACCGGCCAUGAGUUGAACCUGGCGGAGGAUGUGUUCAAGCUGCAGCACCUGCUGGAUAGCAACCUGCUGGCCUACCGCGAGGACAUUGAGGAGCUGACGGGCGCGGCGGUGAAGGAGGAGAUGAUCGAGGUGAAGCUGGCGCAGCUGAAGGCCGACUGGGCUAACCAGAACCUGGCGUUUGCGGAGUACAAGAACCGCGGUCCGGUCAUCCUCAAGCCCAGCGACACCAGCGAGCUCAUGGAGAAGCUGGAGGAGAGCCAGAUGACGCUGGGCUCCAUGGCAACCAACAGGUACUCCGCUCCUUUCCGCGAGGAGGUGCAGGCCUGGUCCAUCAAGCUGUCGACCGUGUCUGAGAUCAUCGAGCAGUGGCUCAUGGUGCAGAGCAUGUGGCAGUACAUGGAGGCGGUGUUCAGUGGCGGUGAUAUCGUCAAGCAGCUGCCGCAGGAGGCCAAGCGCUUCCUGAACAUCGACAAGAACUUCAUGAAGAUAGUGUCGAACGCGCUGGAGACGCAGAACGUGAUCAACACGUGCUUCGGCAACGAGCUGAUGAAGAACAUGCUGCCGCACCUGCAUGAGCAGCUGGAGAUGUGCCAGAAGAGUCUCAGUGCCUACCUGGAGCAGAAGCGUGCGGAGUUCCCACGCUUCUACUUCGUGUCCGACCCCACGCUGCUGGAGAUCCUGUCGCUGGGCUCCGACCCGCCCUCCGUGGUGCCGCACUUCCAGUCCGGUCUGUUCGAUUCGCUGGCCAACGUGACGUUUGACCGCAUCGACAAGACGCGCAUGACGGAGAUGUUCAGCCAGCAGAACGAGAAGGUGGAGUUUGAGCGGCCGGUGGACGCCAAGGGCAACAUUGAGGUGUGGCUGCAGCGGCUGGUGGACGGCAUGCAGGACACUGUCAAGCAGAUCAUCAAGCGUGCUGUGCGCAACGUGGCGGAGAUGCCGCUCGAGGACUUCGUCUUUGGCCACCCCGCUCAGGUGGCGCUGCUGGGCAUCCAGUUCCAGUGGACGGCGGAGACUCAGUCGGCGCUGACCAACGCCAAGGUGGACAAGACCAUCAUGAACAAGAACAUGAAGAAGGUGGACGCGCUGCUGCGCGACAUGGUCAACAUCACGGUGCGCUCCGACCUGACCCGCAACCAGCGCACCAACCUGGAGACCUGCAUCACGGUGCACAUGCACCAGAAGGAGUCCACGGAGGACCUGGUCAAGAAGAAGAUCAAGGACCCCACGGACUUUGAGUGGCUGAAGCAGGUCCGCUUCUACUGGCGCGAGGACAAGGACACCGUCAUCAUCUCCAUCUGCGACGUGGACUUUGAGUACUCGUUCGAGUACCUGGGAGUCAAGGAGCGCCUGGUGAUCACGCCCCUCACGGACAUCUGCUACAUCACGCUGUCACAGGCGCUGGGCAUGUUCCUGGGUGGCGCGCCUGCAGGCCCUGCAGGCACGGGCAAGACCGAGACGACCAAGGACUUGGGUAACACGCUGGGCAAGUACGUGGUGGUGUUCAACUGCUCGGACCAGUUCGACUACACCUACAUGGGCAAGAUCUACAAGGGUCUGGCCCAGUCGGGUCUGUGGGGCUGCUUCGAUGAGUUCAACCGCAUUAACCUGGACGUGCUGUCGGUGUGCGCUCAGCAGGUGUAUUGCAUUCUGUCGGCCAUCCGCGAGCGCAAGAAGAACUUCCUCUUCACGGAUGGCACCACGGUGUCGCUGGACCCGCGUGUCGGCUUCUUCAUCACCAUGAACCCCGGCUACGCUGGUCGCCAGGAGCUGCCGGAGAACCUGAAGGCGCUGUUCCGUGGUGUGACCAUGAUGGUGCCCAACCGCCAGAUUAUCAUGAAGGUGAAGCUGGCCGCCUGCGGCUACCAGGAGAACGACAUCCUGUCCAAGAAGUUCUUCGUGCUGUACGGUCUUUGCGAGCAGCAGCUGUCCAAGCAGGCGCACUACGAUUUCGGGCUGCGCAACAUCCUGUCGGUGCUGCGCACGGCCGGCGCGUCCAAGCGCCAGUCGCCCGACAAGUCGGAGGUGUUCCUCAUGAUGCGCACGCUGCGCGAUAUGAACAUGUCCAAGUUCGUGGCGGAGGAUGUGCCGCUGUUCCUGUCGCUCAUUGACGACCUGUUCCCCGGCCUGAAGGCUGAGCGUAACUCCUUCCCCGAGGUCAACAAGGCGCUGGAGAAGGUGGUGCUGGAGCGCGGCCUGCAGGUGCACCCGACCUGGAUGAACAAGUGCAUCCAGCUGUACGAGACGUACCUGGUGCGUCACGGCAUCAUGCUUGUGGGCCCCAGCGGCAGCGGCAAGUCCGCCAUCUGCGAGUGCCUGGCGGCGGCGCUGACGGAGCUGGGAACCAAGCACAUCAUCUGGCGCAUGAACCCCAAGGCCAUCACCGCGCCCCAGAUGUUUGGGCGCCGCGACGACGCCACGGGCGACUGGACGGACGGCAUUUUUGCGGUGCUGUGGCGCCGUGCCGCCAAGAACAAGAACCAGAACACCUGGAUUGUGCUGGAUGGCCCCGUGGACGCCAUUUGGAUUGAGAACCUGAACACGGUGCUGGAUGACAACAAGGUGCUGACGCUGGCUAACGGCGAUCGCAUCCUGAUGAGUUCCGCGAUGAAGGCUAUGUUCGAGCCGGAGAACUUGAACAACGCCUCGCCCGCCACCGUGUCCCGUGCGGGUAUCAUCUACGUGUCGGACGUUGAGCUGGGCUGGGAGCCGGUGGUGAAGAGCUGGCUGCAGAGGCGCGAGCCCACGGAGACCGCUGCGCUUGGACCGCUAUUUGAUAAGUACGUGCAGCGCCUGCUGGAGUUCGUGCGCAUCAGCCUGAAGCCCGUCAUGUACAACGAGCAGGUUAGCAUUGUGGGCACCGUCAUGACGCUGCUGAACGGCUACCUGCGGGCCAUUAAGGAGGCUGGCACGCCGCUCAACGACACGAAGUACGAGCGCGUUUUCCUGUACUGCCUGACCUGGAGUUUGGGUGGCCUGCUGGAGAUGAAGGAGCGGCCGCUGUUUGACCAGGAGCUGCGCAGCUACGCCACCAACAUGCCGCCCAAGGACGAUGAGACCGACACCAUCUUCGAGUACCUGGUCAACACCUCGGAUGCGGAGUGGCUGCACUGGCGCAACUGCGUCCCCGUCUGGCACUACCCCAAGAACGAGGAGAAGCCCAAGUACGCGCAGCUCGUCAUCCCCACGCUGGACUCGGUGCGCUACGAGAAGCUGCUCAACCUGUCGUACAGCGUUGAGAAGGCCACGCUGCUGGUUGGCGGCCCGGGUACCGCCAAGACCAACACCAUUAACCAGUUCAUCGCCAAGUUCAACCCCGACACCACUACCAACAAGACCAUCACCUUCUCUAGCCUUACGACGCCCGGCAUCUUCCAGAUGUCGAUUGAGGGCUCUGUGGAGAAGCGCCAGGGCCGUACCUUCGGCCCGCCCGGCGGCAAGCAGAUGUGCAUUUUCGUGGACGAUAUCUCCAUGCCGUACAUUAACGAGUGGGGUGACCAGGUGACCAACGAGAUCGUGCGCCAGCUGCUGGAGCAGGGCGGCAUGUACUCGCUGGAGAAGCCCAUUGGCGACAUGAAGUUCAUUGUGGAUGUGCGCUACGUGGCGGCCAUGAACACGCCGGGUGGCGGCAAGAACGACAUCCCCAACCGCCUCAAGCGCCAGUUCGCCAUCUUCAACGUGCCGCUGCCUUCAGUGGCCGCCAUCAACGGCAUCUUCGGCAAGCUGGUGGAGGGUCGCUUCUCUCGCGACGUGUUCUGCGAGGAGGUGGUGUACGUGGCCUCCAAGCUGGUGCCGCUCACCAUCACGCUGUGGAACCGCAUCCAGACCAAGAUGUUGCCCACGCCCGCCAAGUUCCACUACCUGUUCAACAUGCGUGAGCUGUCCAAGGUCUUCCAGGGUGUCAUCCUGGCUGCCCGUGACCGCUUCAACCUGCUGGUUGGCGACUCGGCGGUGUUUGGCGGCAAUGUGAACUCGCCCGAGGGAUACCUGCUGGGCCUGUGGGUGCACGAGUGCCGCCGCGUCUUCUCGGACAAGCUCAUCAGCUACGACGACAAGAACUGGGUGGAUAAGGCCAUCUUUGACCUCUGCCGCGACAACUUCUCGUCCGAUCUGGUGAAGCAGGUGGAGGAGCCGCUCUACUUCGUGGAUUUCCUGCGCGAGCCCGUGGUGGACGACGAGACGGGUGAGAUCAUUGACGGCCACCCCAGCUUCUACGAGGCCGUCAAGGGCGGUCUUCCCGAGGUGCGCUUGCGCGUGGAGGGGCUGCAGCGCAAGUUUAACGAGGAGUCCAAGGUCAUCAAGCUGGAGCUGGUGCUGUUCACGGACGCGCUGAUGCACCUCAUGCGCAUCACGCGCCUGCUGGCCAUGGCGCGCGGCUCGGCGCUGCUGGUGGGCGUGGGUGGCAGCGGCAAGCAAUCGCUGUCGCGCCUGUCGGCGUACAUCGCCGGCGCGUAUCCCUUCCAGAUCACCAUCACCAAGACCUACAACGUGUCCAACCUGUUUGAGGACAUCAAGGGGCUGUACAAGAUUGCCGGCUUUAAGGGCCAGCCGGUGUGCUUCAUCUUCACGGAUGCGGAGGUCAAGGAUGAGGGCUUCCUGGAGUACAUGAACCAGAUCCUCAUGACGGGUGAGGUGGCCGGCCUGCUGACCAAGGAGGACCAGGACAUGAUUGUCAACGACAUCCGCCCCAUCAUGAAGCACCAGGCGCCCGGUGUUCCCGACACGUACGACAACCUGUACAACUUCUUCCUCAACCGCGUGCGUGACAACCUGCACGUCGUGCUGUGCUUCUCGCCAGUGGGCGCCAAGUUUGCCCGCCGUGCGCAGCAGUUCCCUGGUCUCAUCAACGGCUGCACCAUCGACUGGUUCCUGCCCUGGCCCGAAGAGGCGCUGACGUCCGUGUCGGGCAAGUUCAUCGACGAGUUCACGAUGGCGUGCCCCAAGGAGGUCAAGAACCAGCUGAAGCUGCUGAUGGGCCACACGCACGUGUUCGUGACCAAUGCCUGCAAGGAGUACUUUGAGAAGUACCGCCGCUACGUGUACGUGACGCCCAAGUCGUACCUGGCUUUCCUCCAGGGCUACAAGGAGUUGUACGCCAAGAAGUGGUCGUUCACGAAGGAGCUGGCGUACCAGAUUGAGGCGGGUCUGCAGAAGAUGUUUGAGGCCAAGGCGGACGUGAACAAGAUGAAGGCGGAGCUGGCGGUCAAGAACCAGGACCUGGCGGUGUCGGCCAAGGAGGCGGAGGCGCUGCUGAAGCAGAUCAGCGAGAGCACUGCCAUUGCGGAGAAGGAGAAGCAGAAGGUGGCCGUCAUCGUCGAUGCGGUGACGAAGAAGGCCAGCGAAAUUGCGGCCGUGAAGGACGAUGCGGAGCGUGAUCUGGCUGCUGCCAAGCCUGCGCUGGAUGCCGCCCUGGAGGCGCUCAACUCGAUUAAGGACAACGACAUCAAGAACCUCAAGGCGCUGAAGAAGCCGCCGCAGAUCAUUAUGCGCAUCUUCGACUGCGUGCUGAUCCUGCGCAUGCAGCCCAUGAACAAGGCGGAGUACCUGGACGAGAAGGGCCGCAUGGUGCUGUCCGGCAACUACAGCGAGGCGCAGAAGAUGAUGAACCAGAUGAGCUUCCUGCAGGACCUGAAGGACUUCCCCAAGGAGCAGAUCAACGACGAGACGGUGGAGCUGCUGGAGCCCUACUUCAUGAGCGACGACUUCACCUUCGAGAGCGCCUCCAAGGCCUCGGGUAACGUGGCCGGCCUGUGUAACUGGUCCGAGUCUAUGGCCAAGUACCACAAUGUCGCCAAGGUUGUGGAGCCCAAGAUCGCCAAGCUGCGUGAGGCGGAGGCUGAGCUCAAGCUGGCAACUAAGGAGAAGAACGCCGCCGAGGAGCGCAUGGCCAAGGUGCAGGCCAAGCUGGAUGAGAUGCAGGCGCAGUUCGAUGCCGCCAUGGCGCACAAGCAGGCGCUGGAGGACGAUGCAGCGGCCACGCAGCGCAAGAUGGACAGCGCCAAUGCGCUCAUUGGUGCCUUGGCGGGUGAGGAGGCGCGCUGGACUGGCCAGUCCAAGGAGUUUGACGUGCAGAUCCAGCGGCUGACUGGCGACUGCGCGCUGGCGUCCGCCUUCGUGUCGUACCUGGGUCCCUUCAACAAGGAGUUCCGCGAGCUGCUGCUGCACCGCGACUUCUACGGCGACUGCAUGAAGCUGAACGUGCCGGUCACGCCGCACAUGCAGAUCACUAAGUUCCUGGUUGACGAUGCAGAGGUCGGCGAGUGGAACCUGCAGGGCCUGCCCACCGACGAGCUGUCCAUCCAGAACGGCAUCAUGGUCACCCGCGCCAGCCGCUACCCGGUGCUGGUAGACCCGCAGGGCCAGGGCCGCGAGUGGAUCAAGAACCGCGAGGAGGCCAACCAGCUCAAGACCACGCAGCUGAACGACAAGCUCUUCCGCAACCACCUGGAGGAGUGCCUGGCGUUUGGCCGGCCUCUGCUGAUUGAGAACAUUGAGGAGGAGCUGGACCCGCUGCUCGACCCGGUGCUGGAGCGCCGCCUCAUUAAGAAGGGCAAGACCUUUGUCGUGCCGCUGGCGGACAAGGAGGUUGACUUCACGGAGACCUUCCGCCUGUUCUGCACCACGCGCCUGCCCAACCCGCACUUCACACCCGAGCUGUCCGCCAAGGUGACGGUGGUUGACUUCACCGUGACCAUGGCCGGCCUGGAGGACCAGCUGCUGGGCAAGCUGAUCAGCAAGGAGAAGAAGGAGCUGGAGGACCAGCGGCAGCAGCUGCUGGAGGAGGUGCAGAGCUACAAGAAGCGCAUCAAGCAGCUGGAGGACGACCUGCUGUUCCGCCUGUCCAACAGCCAGGGCAACCUGCUGGAUGACACGGAGCUGAUUGACGUGCUGGCGGUCACCAAGCAGACCGCGCAGGACGUGAGUGAGAAGCUGGCCAAUGCCUCCGAGACCAACAAGCGCAUCAAUGAGGCGUGCGAGGAGUACCGCCCUGUUGCGCACCGCGCCACCCUCAUCUACUUCCUCAUCGCUGAGUUCUCGGUGGUCAACUGCAUGUACCAGACCUCCCUGGCGCAGUUCAACCAGCUGUACGAGCUGGCCAUCGACCGCAGUGAGCGCGCCAACAUGCCCUCCAAGCGCAUUCACAACAUCAUCGAGUACAUGACGUACGAGAUAUACCUGUAUGUGCAGCGCGGCCUGUUUGAGCGCCACAAGAUCAUCUUUGCGCUAAUGCUCACCAACAAGGUGCUGGUGUCCGCCUCCAAGGUCAAGGUGGUGGACCUGGAUGUGUUCCUCAAGGGAGGUGCGGCGCUGGACAUCAACUCGGUGCGCAAGAAGCCCAAGGACUGGAUCCCCGACUCGGUGUGGCUCAACAUCAUCGCGCUGUCCGCCAUGGACGCAUUCCGCGACAUCCCCGACUCCGUCUUCCGCAACGACGGGCUGUGGCGGCAGUGGUACGACCAGGAGGCGCCGGAGAUGGCCAAGGUUCCCGACUACGAGGACCGGCUGAACAAGUUUGAGCGCAUGUGCGUCGUGAAGACGUUCCGUGAGGACCGCACCCUCAUUGCCGCGGCGGACUACAUUGCGGAGGCGCUGGGUCAGCGCUUUGUCGAGUCGGUGCCGCUCAACAUGGAGAAGGCUUGGAACGAGAGCCACGCCAAGUGCCCGCUCAUCUGCCUGCUGUCGCCCGGCGCCGAUCCCACCAAGCUCAUCGAGGAUCUGGCCAAGAAGAAGAAGAUCAAGACGCUGGGUGUGUCCAUGGGCCAGGGCCAGGAGGUGAUUGCGCGCAAGCACAUGGCCAGCGCCUCGCUGGAGGGGCACUGGGUGCUGCUGCAGAACACGCACCUGGGUCUGGGCUACCUGACGGAGGUGGAGACGUUCCUGGUGAAGGAGGAGAACGUGCACGAGGACUUCCGGCUGUGGAUCACCGCGGAGCCGCACCCGCAGUUCCCCAUCGGCCUGCUGCAGAUGGGCAUCAAGAUCACCAACGAGGCGCCUGUGGGCAUCAAGGCCGGUCUGCGUGCGUCGUACCAGUGGGUCAACCAGGACAUGCUGGACAUGGUGUCACGCCAGGAGUGGCGGCAGCUGCUGUUCGUCAUGUGCUUCCUGCACUCGGUCGUGCAGGAGCGCCGCAAGUUCGGGCCCAUCGGCUGGAACGUGCCGUACGAGUUCAACCAGAGCGACCUGUCGGCCUGCGUGCAAUUCCUGCAGAACCACCUGUCGGAGAUGGACGCCAAGAAGAGCCCGCAGCCCACCUGGGAGACGGUGCGCUACAUGAUCUCCGCCAUUCAGUACGGUGGCCGUAUCACGGACGACUUCGACAAGCUGCUGAUGGACACGUUUGCGGAGAAGUACUUCCUCCAGCCCGUGUUGGCGCCCAACUACGAGGUGUUCAAGGACGCGCGCACAGCGGAUGGCUUCAGCUACCGUGUGCCCGACUCCACCGACAUUGACGCCUUCCGCUCCUACAUCGAGACGCUGCCGGGGACGGAGUCGCCCGAGAUCUUCGGCCUGCACCCCAACGCGGACAUCACGUUCCGCACGCUGCAGGUGCAGGAGUCCAUCGUGACCAUCCUGGACACCAUGCCCAAGGGCGGCGGUGGCGGCGGCGGCCUGAGCCGUGAGGACGUGGUGGACAAGAUCUGCGAGGACUUGCUGUCCAAGGCGCCACCUCUGUUCGAUAAGGAGGAGAGCAAGGAGAAGCUCAAGAAGCUGCCCGGCGGCCCCACCAUGCCGCUCACCGUGCACUUGCGGCAGGAGAUUGACCGCCUCAACAUCGUCACGCGCCUCACCACCACCACCCUCAAGAACCUGCGGCUGGCCAUUGCUGGCACCAUUGCGCUGUCGGGUGGCCUGAUUGAGGCUCUGGACGCGCUCUUCAACGCGCGCAUCCCCAGCUCCUGGCUGUCCAAGUCGUGGGAGGCAUCUACGCUGGGCAACUGGUUCACGGGUCUGCUGCAGCGCUAUGACCAGCUGAACAAGUGGCUCAACCUGGGCCGGCCGAAGGCCUACUGGAUGACGGGCUUCUUCAACCCGCAGGGCUUCCUGACGGCCAUGAAGCAGGAGGUGAACCGCAAGCACGCCGCGGACAAGUGGGCGCUGGAUGACGUGGUCAUGUCCUCCGAGGUGACGCACCCGCCCAAGGACUUUGAGAGCCUCAAGGAGGGGCCGCCCGAGGGCGUUUUCGUGUACGGCCUCUACCUGGACGGCUGCGCCUGGUCGGGCCGCGAGAACAAGCUGGUCGACUCGGACCCCAAGAAGCUCUUCAACCCGCUGCCGGUGCUGCACGUGACGGGUGUGCUGGCAAAGGACAAGAAGCGCUCCGGGCUGUACGAGGCGCCCACCUACCGCGUCAAGGCGCGCAAGGGCCUCAACUUCAUCACCACCUUCUCGCUGCGAACCGAGGAUGACAAGUCCAAGUGGAUCCUGCGCGGUGUGGGUGUGCUGUGCUCCAUCGACUAAGCGGCGGCAGUGGCGGCGGGGCGGAGAGAUCGAGAGUGUGGUGUUGGUGUGGCUUUGUACUGUAUACCAUGAAAGAGCGGCAGGGCUGAGAGUUCCUGAGAGUGUUUGAGACUUGAGCGGUUGCUAGCGGGGCUUUGAGAACGGUUGGGAUUGAUAAAGCUUGUUCGGUUGAGGCGGUGCAUGUGUGAGACACCGUUUCGCCGUAUGUCAGGACGGAUGACGACCAAUUUGUCGUCAUGGCAGGCGCCGCACUGCGAGUGCUUCGUGAGUAUGUAAGGAUAUGUACACCUA